UCAGCUUUGUUCAGGAGCUUAAUGAUUGCUUGCGCUGGUGUUUUUUCAUAGAUUUUACUAUAAAGUCGUACAAUUUCAGCCAGUUUCUUUACGCCCUUCUAAAGAGUGCGAACAAAAUGAAUAUUGAAAGUCUGUUCCACUUCAGUAAAGUAUUUGUGAUCAUCGUGGAAAAUUGGUAUAUUAAUUAUCAUGCAAACGAGUUAAUUGUUACGAGCAAAAAAUUGUCCUCAAGUAUUUUUUCUAAUGGAUGGUAUGAUUUGGACGAAUCUACUAAAAAAAGUCUUAUGUUGAUGAUGAUAAGAUCCCAAAGACCUUUAAAAAUUGAUAUUGGUACUAUAUACUUUUUGGGAACUAAACUGUUUAUUAAGAUUUUAAAGGGAGGAUAUACUUUCAUUGUAUUCUACAACGUUUAAUAACCAAAUGAAAAAAUGGGAAAACUGAAUUGGCACAGGAAAGUUUGCACCUGGUAUUUUGUGGUUUGCAACUAAGAUUAUAGAUGCACCAUUGAAGAGUAAUAUUGUUACUGUUAGUAAUAGCUAAAAUAUAAAUCACAUAGUAAUAAUAAUCGAUUUUAUGAUGCACGUUGUUUAAUAGUUUUAAGUAAUAUAAUAGAGUUAGAUGCAAGGA